CUUUGUCAAGGACAUUUGUUACGAAUAGUACAAGGCUCACUGCAACGAGACGAUUGAAGCGCCGGAGAUGUCAUGUGUCAGCACGUUAUCCGCUUAGACGACGUGACUGAAGAAUGAGAGUUAUCCAGUACAGAGCAGAAAUCCCGUAAGCCAAGCCCGUGGGGCAGAAUAGUGAAACCAUCGUCUUUCGCGUAUAUGAACCAGUCUUGCAACUGGUUCCGGCUGCAGGUUCGUCAGUCAACGGGAAACCACCGAGAAGACCGAGCAUCCUGGUGUCCGGUUCGAAGCGCGCCAUGAGUGCCGGUGUCCGAUUGAUUUUGUGUGCAAUCAUCGGGAUUUCAGGAAAUCUCAUGCUGCAUCCAGUAAAUAGCAGCCCGUAUCGCGAUUGUUACACGGUGACAUAUUCGCAACACUAUCAUGAUUAUUGGGAAAAAAAGACGCAACAAAGAGAAACAAUAACGAGCGAGGAAAGCAGUAGCUUACAGGCUGUUCACAGUAAUCAAGAUACGCAACUAUCUUUAAGUCCUAAUGACACAAAAGGAGAAAUAAUCGAUCUUAUCGGCGCGAGUAAUCAAGAGGUACCUAGAGAGUCACCAUAUUGGGAUGAUGACUACGAUAGAGGCUUUUCUCUAAUUGGCCUAUUUGAAUCCAUGAUAUCCGUCGUAGCGAGUGGGAUCAGCACGGUGAUGAACAGCAUCGUUGGCACCGAGAAGAAAAACUCGAGAUCGCGUGUUAGCAGGAUCAAUUAUAGAAAUUAUCAAUUAAUCCGGAUAUACCCUAACACGGAGAAUCACGUUGCGGACCUGCGCGACUUAAGAGACGCCGAGCCCGAGGACAUCAAAUUUUGGUCCUUCCCGAUUCCUAACAGGACUUCCGACGUCAUCGUUGCUCCAGACCUCGUGGCCGAUGUUAAAGACUACCUGAAGGAUAAGAAGAUCAAUUUUAAAGUUGUGAUACCGGAUAUUCAGAAAGCGAUCUCUUAUCAGAACCCGAAAAUGUCAAAAGAGCAGCGCGAAGAUUUAGUGACUAUUCAAGGCCACACGAUGACGUGGAAACGAUAUCAUCGAUACGGAGAUAUCGUGCGUUAUUUAGAGUACUUGUCCUCGAGAUAUCCUAAAAUGAUAGAGCUAACAACCAUUGGCCAUAGUUAUGAAGGCCAACCAAUAAAAAUGGCUAAGGUCUCGACAGGAUUAAACAAGGACGGCGAGAGGAAACCUGCGAUUUGGAUCGAUGCCGGCAUGCACGGACGAGAAUGGAUUGGUACCGCUGUGGCGACCUACAUACUGAGUCAGUUGGCCGAGAGGAACACGAGCUAUUCGAAACUGCUGGACAAUUCGGAUUGGAUGAUCCUGCCGGUGGCUAAUCCGGACGGUUACGAGUACAGUCACACCGGCGACCGUUUCUGGCGGAAAACCCGGAGCAACCACGUGGAAAGUCAAGAAGAUAGCAGGUAUACGCCUUCUAAUUUGUUACAGUUUGUAACACACUACACCAGAUGGUUCUGGACUAAAUGCGAAGGAGUUGAUCCCAAUCGCAAUUUCGCGUAUCACUGGGGCGAGGCGAAGGAAGGGGGAACCAGCUCGGAUCCGUGUCACGAAACUUACUCUGGACCUUUCGCCUUCUCCGAGCCGGAGACGAAGGCCAUAGCGAAUUACAUUUUGGCAAAUAAGCAGCAUAUUCGGAUGUACCUGUCCUUGCAUUCUUACUCACAAAUGUGGCUAGUACCAUGGGGUUACACGCGGUCAAAGCCUUCUGAUUAUUCCGACUUGAUGAACGUAGCGAAGAGGGCGAUUAACGCGAUCGCGAAAGUUCACGGCACACAUUAUCAGCUUGGACCAAUGGCCGAUCUGAUGUAUCCAACUUCCGGAGCGUCCGAUGACUGGGCUAAAGGCGUCGCAGGGAUAAAGUACGCGUACACGGUGGAAUUACGCGAUCGCGGAACUUACGGAUUCCUGCUGCCAGCGUCGCAGAUAGUUCCAACCGCGCGCGAAAUUUGGGCGGGAAUCCGUGCGAUCGCCCGCUUAGUCACAUGCAACACAUGAGGCCGAUCUAAGCUUUGGAUGCACAAUAUUUUACGUUUGUUCAACGCAUGAGCGUGUCGAAACCCGUGAGACACUACGAUCUUCGUCGGCACCUGUGAGCGUGAUAGAUAUCGGGGCAUUCGGAAAAAACCAGCGAGUAAAUCGCUAUCGAAAUAUAAUUAGGCGAGCCACUAUCAUGACGAGAGAUAAACUUGGUAUUAAUUAGAGACGCAGAAUGUUAUCUGUUCUGACAUUAUCGGUUUUCGGCUAUGAAUAAUGAAUGAGAUGCUACAAAAAAUUGUAUGUCCCUUGAAUGAAGUUGAAUGCCUAAACUGCCCCUUAGGAGGGGCGCUUUGUUUAUAUAAUUAUUUGUUAAAUCAUAAAUCUGGUAAUUAUAUUUAUAGAAAUAAUCUC